AUGUUAGGCACAGCUACAAGACGAACAACUACAAUAAGGCUAGCAAUGACAGCAGCAACAACUGAAACAACAACUGAAACAACAACUAUAACAACAACAACUACAACAAUAAUAACAACAACAACUGCGACAACAACUACAACAAUAACUACAACAACAACUACAACAAUAACAACUACAACAACAACAACUACAACAAUAACUACAACAACGACAACCAUGACAACAACAACAACAACAACAACAACAACUACAGCAACUACAACAACAACAACUACAACAACAACAACUACAACAACAACAACAACGACAGCAACAACAACUACAAUAACAACUACAACAACAACAACAACGACAGCAACAACAACUACAACAACAACUACAACAACAACAACUACAACAAUAACUACAACAACAACAACGACAACCACGACAACAACAACAACUACAACAAUAACUACAACAACGACAACCACGACAACAACAACAACAACAACAACAACAACUACAACAACAACAACUACAACAACAACAACGACAGCAACAACAACUACAAUAACAACUACAACAACAACAACAACGACAGCAACAACAACAACAACAACAACAACAACAACAACAACAACAACUACAACAAUAACUACAACAACAACAACGACAACCACGACAACAACAACAACUACAACAACAACAACUACAACAACAACUACAACAACAACAACGACAGCAACAACAACUACAACAACAAUUACAACAACAACAACUACAACAACAACCACGACGACAACAACAACAACUACAACAACUACAACAACUACAACAACAACAACGACAACAACAACUACAACAACAACCACGAUAACAACAACAACUACAACAACAACGACAACCACGACAACAACAACCACAACAACAACAAAAACGACUACAACUACAACCACAACAACUACUAGUAAGUAA